CGCGUAGUGGGGCGGGGCUCCGCAAGGCCCUCAUCCUGAAGUGAUCACCUGGGAAGCGGAAGCAGUAGAGAAAGAAGCGGCGGCCGAAGACGUUAAAGGUUCAGAUGAGACUGAGGACCAGAGAGAGAAUGUGACUUCCCAAAGUCACAUUAUUUGGUAGAGCUGGACAAGAACCUGAGCCUGUAACUGAAGAGACCAGAGAUCUUUCAGUUACAAUCUUGGGAAACAGCCCUAAGAUCUUUGCAGAUUAUCUUGUGGGGAAAAAUGCCUAAAGUCAAAAGAAGCCGGAAAGCUCCACCAGAUGGCUGGGAGUUGAUCGAGCCAACACUGGAUGAGUUAGAUCAAAAGAUGAGAGAAGCUGAAACAGAACCUCAUGAGGGAAAGAGGAAAGUGGAAUCUCUGUGGCCUAUCUUCAGGAUCCAUCAUCAGAAGACCCGCUAUAUUUUUGACCUCUUCUACAAGCGGAAAGCCAUAAGCAGAGAAUUAUAUGAAUACUGUAUUAAAGAAGGCUAUGCAGACAAAAACCUGAUUGCAAAAUGGAAAAAGCAGGGGUAUGAGAACUUAUGCUGCCUGCGGUGCAUUCAGACACGGGACACCAAUUUUGGGACAAACUGCAUUUGCCGGGUCCCCAAAAGCAAGCUGGAAGUGGGCCGGAUCAUCGAGUGCACGCACUGCGGCUGCCGGGGCUGCUCUGGCUGAGGCCCUUGAGCCCUGGCCCCUUUCCAACAAGGACUUUGGACUUCAUAAGUUUCUGCCUUUCGUGCCACCCCUUUCCUGAGAGCAGCUCUUCUGGUAGAGCAGUGCCCCAGGCCCCAGUUGGAGCAUGGUCUCUACGUGUGAAGGCAUUGUUGUUCAUUAGCUGUAAUUUGUAAAAAUAAAACUUUUAAACCUUGG